UAGGAAGCAGCUUCUGAAAGCUUCGAAGUACUAUUAAUUCGCAGCAAUGUCUCGUUCCUUAAAUAAACGAACGAUCAAACAAUGAAAAUAACUGGGAAAUAAAGUAGAGGAAAGAUACGAUGUCGUUUUGAGGACUUUUAAUAUCUUUUCCGCCUUUGCGAGAAGAGAGAGCCGCACAUGCGUGGAGAGCUUUUUCAAAUAUUUGAAUUUGAAAUAAUAAUAAAAGCAGAACCGAUCAAUUUGUACAAACACGAAGAAGAGGAAGAGAGAGGAGGAAACAAAAGUUCGAGAUCCAAUCUUUUGUUUCACGGCGGAGAUGAAGUCGUCUCCGGACCUAUUGAUGUCUUUGUCGCAGAUCAAAGAAGCAGGCCCAGCGAAAUCCGACGAACAGGUCCGUCGAAGAGUCUCCGGGAAGUCUUCUUCUGUUGACGGUUCUCCUCGAUUUUGCCGGCAGCAGUCGUUGGGUCGCGAUAUCGGCCAUGCAGCUGCCGAAACGUAUUUGAUUACUCAACUUAGCUUCAACCUCCUUGGAUAUCUCGGGGUAGGUUACCGGUGGAUUACAAGAUUGCUUGCUCUUGCUUGUUAUGCAAUGCUCCUUAUGCCUGGAUUCCUUCAAGUUGCAUAUCUUUAUUUUUUCUCAUCCCAAGUCAGGAGGAGUAUAGUUUAUGGAGAUCAACCAAGGAAUAGACUUGAUUUGUACUUACCACCAACUAAUGAUGGCCUGAAGCCGGUUGUAGUUUUCGUCACUGGUGGGGCUUGGAUUAUCGGGUACAAAGCCUGGGGUUCUCUCUUGGGUCUGCAGCUAGCAGAAAGGGAUAUAAUCGUGGCAUGUCUAGAUUACAGAAACUUCCCUCAGGGAACCAUUAGUGAUAUGGUCAGUGAUGCAGCUCAAGGAAUCUCAUUUGUCUGCAAUAAUAUUUCUGCAUUUGGAGGUGAUCCUAACAGAAUUUAUUUGAUGGGGCAGUCAGCUGGUGCACAUAUCUCGUCGUGUGCUCUCUUCGAACAAGCUAUUAAAGAAUCAAGAGGGGACAGCAUCUCAUGGAGUGUUUCUCAGAUUAAAGCUUACUUUGGUUUAUCUGGAGGGUACAAUCUCUUCAAUUUGGUUGAACACUUCCAUAAUCGAGGACUGUAUCGUUCAAUUUUCCUAAGCAUAAUGGAAGGAGAAGAGUCCUUUGAACAAUUCUCUCCCGAAGUAAGAUUGAAAGAUCCGAGUGUAAGAAAAGCCGCUUCUCUCUUGCCUCAUAAUAUACUCUUUCAUGGAUCCGCAGAUUAUUCCAUUCCACCUGAAGCAAGCAAAACUUUUACAGACGCUCUUCGAGAUGUUGAAGUGAAAGCCGAGUUAAUUAUGUACAAGGGUAAAACUCAUACCGAUCUAUUUCUUCAGGAUCCGCUGAGAGGUGGUAAAGACGAGCUAUUUGAUCAUAUAGUCUCUAUGAUACAUGCCGAGGAUAGUGACGCACUGAACAAUGAUGCGGUUGCGCCACCGAGAAAACGGCUUGUUCCAGAGUUCUUGCUGAAACUGGCUGGCAAGGUCAGCCCCUUUUGAACAGGAAAGCCAAAACUUCUGUAUGGUUCUUGUAGCUCUUUAUUUGUUUUUGUUCUGUUUUUUCUUCUUCUUCGAUAUGUAUCAACUCUCAUAUGUUGAUAUGAUUGAUAUAUAUGUAUAGUCUCUUCUCACCAGUAAA